AUGUUCUACAGUGUGGAGAUUGAAGACAGAAUUAAGAUUUCUUUGGAAAAUGGCCUAGAAAAGGAAAAAGAGGUUUUUGAGAAGCUAAAGAGGAAGUAUGUUGGACGGAUACUAGAGGACGGUAGCAUAUGCAUAGUUGUGAUGAGUAUUGUAAAUGUCUGCGAGUACAAGGUGUAUGAUGAGUUCCUACUGGCAAAGGUAGAGUUCGAGGCACUGCUCUUCAAGUUCUUCGAGUAUGAGGUGGUGUGUGGAACAAUAUUGGAGCAGAAAGAGGAUGGGAUGAGACUUUGCGUGCCGUUUUUCUCUGAUCUUUUUGUCAAGAGGAGUGGCUUGCCAGAUGUGACAGAAAGGGCAUAUGUGAGUGACUGUGGGGAGAAGCAGCUUGCCUGGGUGUGGAUGUACAGAGGCAAUAAGCUGUACUUCAGGAGGAAUGCCUAUGUAAGGUUCCGAGUUCUGGGUAGUGAGGAGAAGUCACCCUUUGUUUUGUGUGACCUCGGGGAGGCGGGGCUAGGCCCCUUGGAAUGGUGGAUAUGA